AUGGCCGGCGGGACGAGUUCGGUCUUUUGUUAUUGCGCCCUUGCAUUUUAUCUGUUCUUCCUCACCGGUUCUAAUAAUGGCGAAAGAUUCGGUGAUAAACCAAAGACUUUGCACAUCGUUGAGGAUACCGGAUCUUUGCAAUCCAGGAAGACCAUUAUUUUCAAUAAAGACAGCAACAACCACGACGAUAAUGGAGAAACGUCAUAUCAACGAACCCGCAGAAGUGUCGAAUCACGGAUUCUAAACAAUAAGCCAAAUAUUACCGUCAAGGUAAAUGCUCUAAAUGAUUCUCAUCAGCAAUUGAUGGUGCAUUGGGUUGGAGAAGGAUCAAAUGUGAUAAUAUGUCUAGCAAAAGAUAGUACUCCUAUAGUACGCAUGCAAGAAAGCGAUGAAAUAGUUCAAAGUAAUCCUAGUGCUGUAUAUAUAAGUUAUGACUAUGGAGAUACGUUUGAGAAUAAGACUGAAUACUUCAAAGUUUCUUAUGAAUACAAUGCACGAUAUGCAACUUUAGAUAAAUUUACUAAUCAUCCAAAGAACUAUCAAUAUUGCAUCUUUGUGGACAGCACGAACAGCUUAAUAUUCAUUACAAGGAAUAAUGGCAAAACUAUUAGAAGAGUACCCGUUCCAUUUCACCCAAGUGAAAUUUCGUAUUGCGAAUCAGAUCCACGUGUUGUAUUAAUACUGGAUAAAGUCGAUCCUAUGAAACAGUUAUGGUUGUCGAAAGACUAUGGAUUUAAAUGGAUAUCUAUACAACAAUAUGUAAAAGCAUUUUUCUGGUCGUCACAAUGCACUAUAUUAGUGGAACGUAUAGAACCAUCGGGAUCUAAUACUGUCUUACGAGCAAGAUACGAAGACGUAUUACUUCACGGAAGAAUGGAAAUACAUGAUAUGCUAGUACAUGAUUUCCAACGCAGAUUAUCUCUUCUGCCACUUCCCCAAAAAGGAAAUCCAACUCUGACAGAAGCAAAUCAGUAUCCAGGAGAGUCUAAUAUUGUAAUCAGAAAUGUUGAAGAUUUUCAAAUUAGGGGAGAUUAUAUGUUCGCGACAUCAAAAUCUUCUAAGAAUGGUUCUUCGCAAAAUUUAGAUUUAUAUGUCUCUUAUAAAAAUCAAGGAUUUGUAUUAGCUCAGUUUAAUACCGAGUUGGAUCGUAAAAAUUAUCAUAUUGCAGACGUAGCGAACAAUAGAAUCUUUGUUGCAGUUGCUCACAGCGAUACCAUGGUAAAUCUUUAUAUAUCAGAAAUAAUUGAUCAUGAAAAAGCUAUAUUUUCGUUAUCGUUGGAAGGAAUUCUUACAUUCUUUCCUAAUAGUACAUGGAAAGAUAGUUGGCUGAAUGAUGUUGCGGAUGAAGCAUUUACAGACCUGUAUAGAGUAGAAGGACUGCGUGGCAUCUAUAUAGCUUCAAAAGUUAAAGGAAAUCCGAAAUUAGGUUCGAUCGGACCGGAACAUUUAGCAUCGUUGAUUACAUUCGAUCACGGGACAACUUGGAAUAAUAUCAAGGCACCUGUAGCAAAUCACGAAGGAUUUUAUGUUCAUUGCCCGCAAAAAGAAUGUUCUUUGCAUCUGAGUCAAAGGUUUAGUCAAUUAUAUCCUGUUACAAGAUCAGUAACGAUCAUGAGCUCGAAAUCUGCGCCUGGUAUUAUUAUGGCCACAGGCGUAAUAGGUUCAAGUUUGAAAGGACAUCUUGCACUUUACGUAUCGAGAGAUGCUGGUCUUACGUGGAAACAAGUUUUAAAAGACUAUUAUUUCUUCAAUAUGGGAGAUCACGGUGGACUGUUGGUUGCAGUUAAAUAUUUCAAAUCGCGAGGAGAAACAAGAGAUCUCUCAUACUCUAUCGACGAGGGAGAAACUUGGCAAACGUACGAGUUUCAUGAAAAAAUGCUACGUGUAUACGGACUUAUGACCGAACCAGGCGAAAAUACUACAGUGUUUACGAUGUUCGGUUCGGACAGUGGACAACAUCAAUGGUUAAUAAUUAAAGUUGAUUUGAAAAACGUAUUUGAAAGAAAUUGUAGAGAAGACGACUUUAAAUUUUGGUCACCGAUGAGUUCGGAUCAACCAGUUGUAUCAUGUGUCUUAGGAAAAAGGGAAACUUAUCAAAGACGAGCAGCGCGAGCUAAUUGUUACACAGGUGUAAACUAUGAUCGACCUAUCAAAUUGGAGAUUUGUCCAUGCGAUGCUAAUGAUUAUCAAUGUGAUUUUGGAUUUAUAAAAGUAGGAACUCCGUAUCAUUGUAUACGCAAUAAGAUUUUAACUAGCGUCGAUCCGUACGCAGUUCCCAGCACAUGUAAGCCUGGAAAAUUUUAUAAACGUACAAAAGGAUACAUUAAAAUACCAGACGACGAAUGUAUCGAUGGUCUCGCAAGAAAUUUUGAACCAGACGAAAUACCUUGCCCGAUGAAAGAAUCGGGUGAAUUUUUGUUGGUCGCGCAACGGGAACAUAUAUCGAGAAUAAAUCUGGUCGAAGAAAAAUUAGAAACAUUACCCGUCCAUGGUUUGAAAAAUGUUAUUGCUAUAGAAUUUGAUCUUAAAAAUAACUGUUUGUACUGGGCAGAUAUUGUUAAUGAUACUAUUGGUAGACAAUGCCUUAACGAUGGUUUAAGUUCCCCAGAAAUUUUAGUAGAAACUGAUUUAAAUUCUAUCGAAGGAAUGGCAUUUGAUUGGGUCUCCAAUGUACUUUAUUUCGUGGAUGGCGUCAAGAUGAGGAUUCAAAUAAUUAGGACGGAUAUAUCGACAAUGGGGAGAAUGCGAAGGACGAUUUUAGGUCCCAAUAAUUUACAAAAGCCGAGAGGCAUAGCCGUCCACCCAAUGAUGGGAUACAUGUUUUGGACCGAUUGGGCUCCUGGUAACGCAUCUGUUUCCAGAGCUAAUCUCGAUGGUACAAAUAUCAAGCGUUUAUUCGUUAAACCGACUGUUGAGUGGCCAAAUGGAAUCACAAUAGAUCAUAUAGCGGAGAGAAUUUAUUGGGUUGAUGCUAGAGAAGAUUAUAUCGGCUUCUCAGAUUUUGAUGGAAAGGGAUUUAAGAAGAUCAUAGAGAGCGACGAUCGUGUAUCGCAUCCAUUUGCAGUUGCUGUCUUUAAAGACAACAUGUAUUGGGACGAUUGGAAACAGUCGAUGAUAUUUGUGGCUGAUAAAGAUCACGGAGUUGGUAUAUCGACAGUAAUUGGUCAGAUGACAGGCCUGAUGGAUUUAAAAGUAUUUUCUCAUAGUGUACAAACUGGAACAAACAAGUGUGCAAAUAGUACCUGCCCCUAUAUUUGCUUAGGGGCUCCUUACAACAGCUUUGUUUGCUUAUGUCCAGACGGAAUGGUAAUGAUGGAUGGUAAAUGCAUGUGUCCUGGCGGCAUCAAGCCAUUCCAUAAUUCAACGUGCCCACGAGUGGCAUCUACGUGCUCGGCUAAUCAAUUCCCUUGUCACAAUGGAAUAUGUAUACCUAAAUUCUGGAAAUGCGAUGGCGAUAACGAUUGUGGGGAUAAUUCAGAUGAAAUUAACUGUAAUAAGCCUACAUGCAGCGCAGCCAAUUUCGAAUGUGACGGCAACAGGUGCAUCCCAAAAUAUUGGAUAUGUGAUCUUGAUAAAGAUUGCAAGGAUGGCACAGACGAAGUGAAUUGCAAAUACUCGAAUUGUUCAGAAGCGCAGUUCAAAUGUGAUGACGGUCGUUGUAUAUCUUAUAGAUGGUUGUGCGAUGGCGAGAACGAUUGUAGAGACGGUACGGAUGAGAAAAAUUGUACUAAGAAUAUAGAGCCAAGUUGCAAAUCCGAUGAAAUUUUGUGUCAAAAGGAUCAUACUUGCAUACCAAAAACAUGGAAAUGUGAUGGGGAGAAAGAUUGCGAAGAUGGUAUGGACGAGGAAAAUUGUAGUACAAUGGAAUGUGAAUCUUGGCAAUUUACGUGUCACGUAUCGCAUGAAAUACAUCGAUGUAUUUAUCAAUCUUGGAUAUGCGACGGAGAUAAAGAUUGUCCCGAUGGCUCGGACGAAUUGAAUUGUACUAGAACGACAAUUGCGCCUCCAAUGUCAUCUCCGAUAUCACCUACGAGUUCUUGUAUAGAUUGGAUGUUUACGUGUAAUAACAAAAAAUGUGUACCGUAUUGGUGGAAAUGUGAUAGCGUUGAUGACUGUGGCGAUGAUUCCGAUGAAAUGGGUUGCGGAGACAUUGAUCCAACGUCCGAAGUACCAGAAACAACGGAACAAGUUCGCGUCUGCAGACCGCAUCAAUUCCAAUGUUUCAAUGGCGACUGUAUUGAGAACGCAUGGGUCUGCGAUGGAUCUAAUGAUUGUCUUUCGGGUGAAGACGAAUUGCAUUGCAACGUCGUAUACUGCGGAGAGGAUCAAUUCAUGUGUCGAAGGGAUGGAUCUUGCAUUCCUCUAUCAAAUAUAUGUAAUGACGUAGAAGAAUGUCCCGACGGCAGCGACGAACUAGGCUGUCAUCCUAAUCAACAUCCAAGUCCAGCUGCGACACCGUCUUGUUACGUCGGUCUAUUCCCUUGCGACGAAACACGUUGUUUCCCUCUGACGUCUUACUGCGACGAUAAACCUGAUUGCCUAGAUGGAUUCGACGAGAGCAAUUGCGAUAAGAAUAAUUCUCGCGUUUACCAAGUACUUGUCAUGGGUGUUGACGAACGUUUGAUAAAUGCUACUAGUCUUUCCCUAUUCUGGUGGAUGCCAAUACCUAACAAUGUGACCUUAGAAUUCUUACCGUCUAUCGCACGCAUCGAACCAGAUGCAAAAUGGACCAACGCUUCUACCUGGAUCGAAGAUACGGAAUAUAUGUUCAAUGGUCUUCAAUCGUAUACACGGUAUAAUCUAACGGUUUAUGUCAAAUUGAAAGGACAAAGUACUGUCUUUCCACCAGCUAAGUAUUUGCCAGUUAUGACGGGAGAGGGAGUACCUUCAGAACCGUGGAACGUAACGAUCACUCAAAAGAACGGCACAAGAGUUGAAGUUUCAUGGCGCUCGCCUUUGCAUCCAAAUGGACCUAUUACUGGAUAUGACGUGUUCAUUUCUCCUCCUACACCACCUUCGCGAUUUUCAUGGCAAAAGACUUCUGGAGUUAUAGAUACCGCGUUUGAGGCUCAUCAAAAUUAUUCAUUUUGGGUUAUUGCAAAGAAUAGGGAACACGAAUCGAAUGCUUCCCAAGUUGUUGUAUUGACCUUUGAUGGUGCAGCGAAUAUAGACGAUAUAGAAAAUUUGAAUGUAACCGAAACGACGAAUCAUUCUGCGACUUUAACGUGGAGCAAAGUAAAGGACGCGGAUGGAUACCACGUCACCCCCAAAGCACCUUCAUUGCAUCCUGCUUUGAAAACAUUGAUUACGAUGAAAAAUGUAAUUGAAGUUACGAAUUUGGCUCCUGGAAUUAAUUAUACAUUUGAAGUUGCUGCGACAAAAAAGAAUUAUGUAGGCAAAGUAAAUACUGUGAUUGCUGCCACGAAGGGUACGCCAUUGCCGUCGGUAAUAAAAGUUGACGCACAACUGGUUAAGCCUCAUGGGACAACGGUUAAACUCACGUGGGAUCCACCGAAAAGCCUUCGAAAAAUUAAAUGGCAAUAUGCAGUUCAUUAUGGUCUCAAUAUGCAAGAAUUCUUUAAAGAGUAUAAAUAUCUUACCAGAAACUUGACUGCUACGAUCAAAGAUUUAGAAGCUUGCGAGUCAUACAUUUUCGGAAUUGGCGUCAAUGGAGAUUAUGGAGCUGGUCCCUUGAGUCAGCCAGCUGCUGUUACAACUCAUUUUAACGUACGAGCACCACCGAAAAGGGUAAAGGUGUCGAACAAAAGCGACAGUAUCAUCGUAUCUUGGAGCGCGAGUUGUGCGGUUAUUGAUGAACCGAUCAGUUACACGAUCACACUGACAGAACUGACACUCAAUAAAACGAAAAUUGUAACGCUAUUAUCAACGAAGGAAUCAAUUAUGAAACACACGUUUAAUAAGAUAAGAUAUGGUGGUAUAUACCGUAUUGUAGUUGCAACAGACGUUAAAAACGCUAUACCUAGUCAACCGGUAAUUUAUCAUGCACCUCCAAUUUUACCACCUCAUCAACUGAAAGUAUUACAUAAAGAAGGAAAUUAUCUUGUGGACUGGAUAGAGAAUCAUCAACCUGAUCAUAUGGCAAUUACAAAUUACCAUUACGAAAUUUUAGUAGCGGAGGGAUCACGUACAUUAAAUGAAUCUAAUACACAGAUCUUUAAAGCUGAUCAACCACCGUAUAUAUACAAAAAUGCAAAACCAGAUAUAAUAUAUACCUUCGCAGUUAGAUUGGUUACCGAAGAAGGAUAUCGAAGUAUAUUGAGCGAAACGCGAAGUAUAGAGAGUCCAGCAGUAUGGCCAGUGACUAUGAAUACAUCGAACAUCUUGUCUCUCGCUAUACCAAUUUGUUUGCUCGUGGUAGCAUUGGGUUCAGCGCUAGCAUACUUUGUUGUACGGCACAGAAGAUUGUCUAACAGUUUCACACAAUUUGCUAACAGCCAUUACGACACGAGACGAGGUCAAGCAACAUUCCCUGGUACCACGGAUGGCUUAGCAGAAGAGGAAGAUAGCCCUGUGAUUAGAGGUUUCUCAGAUGAUGAACCAUUGGUAAUAGCAUAAACACGUAAUAUUUACCUAUACUAUACGUAUAUGACAUACAAUGAUAUAUGAUAUACAAACGUUAGGAGAAUGUGCCAGAAUAUUAAUAAUCUAAUAAAAUGUUAAGUCUAGGUGAAACUACAAUGAAAGUCAGGAGCUUCUAUAAAAGCUAUACAAGUGGUUUAAAAUUGAUAAUUUUACUAAUUGAGAUGUGUACUAAAUGUUAAAUUAGUCGAUUCGAAGUAUAUAAAAAAAUACUUUGUAAUACAAUUGUUACAAUAUCAUAUAGAAAUAGACUACUUACAUGCAUUUUAAAAUAUCAGAAAUUAGUACAGCGUAAGACGACGUUUAGUCAUUGGAUCCUAUAUUAAAAUUUAUAUAUAUAUAUAUAUAUAUAUAUAUAUAUAUAUAUAUAUAAAAUAAAAGAGAGAAAAAAACAGAAAUUUAAGCUAUAGCAGAAGAAUAAAAUAUCUGAUGGAGUAUUAAUGGUGAAAAUUAUUUGUACAUAGUAAAUAUUUUUUAUGGAGUGUGCAGAUUAAAAAAUUUUUUAAACUGCCAUACAUAAUGCUGUUAUACAUGUUACUAUAUAUAAAUAUAAACAUAUAUACAUGUGUGACUGAGUACGUAUAUACGUAUAUAUGUAUAUACUUAUGUAUGCACUUUAACAACAUAGUAUUAUUUAAUACGAUUUCGUCCUUUUUAUUUUCUAUGUACGUAUACUUUUUAUCUGAAAAACCAAAUUUUUCCUUUGUGCAACAUAUAAUAUUUCAUAAAGGUGUUAAAUAUAUUUCUACAAAUUAUAAAAUUUAACGUUGUCAGUUUUAGUAAAUUGGAAUUUUUAUAAUCUGUGUGUUAAAACAAGAAUAAUCAGAAUUAUUAUGUGUAUUUUCAUUGAGAAACGCUCAAGUGAUUACGUGCAGAUUUACGGAAUGGAUGCAAUAAUAAAACUAUUUUAUAAUUAUGCAGUAUCCUUUCGAAUGUUUUAUGUAUUUAAAAGUGAAUAAUGACCGUUUCAAAAUAAGGUACAGCGAAUGAACCAAAUGGAAUUUUUAAAGUUUUAUAUGUUCAAUUUUAAUCAAUUUGAUUUCUGAGAACAUCUACCAGAUGAAACUUAUUUUAAUUUCAUACUUUAAUACUGUUGACAGCAUAUAGAGGCUUCUAAACGGUUGUAAAUAAUUAUAAAUUAUCCAAACACAUUUAGCGAAUUAUUAAUAAUCAAUAUUUAUGAUAAAAUUUCUCAUGGAGCAUUUUACUUUUUCCAAAUUAAAUAAAUAUAAACACAAAAUUACUAUAGGAUUAGAUUUUAUUUAUGAAAUACUCUCUUCUCCAUUUCAUCUUCGUCUAUUUGCUUUAUGCAUAUAAUAUUAAAAAAUGGGGUGUUAUAUUUAUAAGUUGAUAUGAUACUUUUACAAUUACAAAAUUGGUUAUUACAUUAUAAGAUUGUAUGAACGUAAAUGGAAAAAGACAGGUAAUAUGCACGAUUUAUCAUUAAGGUUGUUAUUUUUAGGGUAUCAUUUGUAUUUUUAUAGUCCAUAAUUUAAUUUUAUUUUUUUCAGUAAAAUAUAGAAUAUUGAAAUUAUACAUAUAUAUGAUCGUUUGUUAAAAAAUGAUAUUGAAGCAGUAUUGUCAAAGUUUCUAUUGAAAGUUCUUCGCGUAUAACGCAUUGUAAUUACCGUUGAAGACACUUUUUCUUUUCAAUUCAUUUUAAUAAUGUUUGUUAUUUAAUAGUUUACAUUACUUUUUUCUUUUUUUUAAUUAUUUCUCUGUAAGAAUUGAAAGAUAAAGGGUUGCUACCAUCAUAAACUGCACAUUUAUUGUACGAAGAACUACAAUAGUUAAGUAAAUAAGAGUUUAGAUUGUAAUUAGCCAUUAUAUGUUUAAGAAUCAUAGAUGGUACUUUCUUUUUUUAAUUAUCCGUAUUACUAUAUUAUUGUUAUUAAUAUUCCUACUAUGUUUGUAGUUAUAUAUAAAGAAGAAAUAACAACACUAUACACAGUCUUUCCAUCGAUUUUAAGGAAGAAAACAAUUAGACUUUGCAUUUUACGUAUUUCUAUAUCUAUUAAAGGCGACGAUAUAUGAUGAUAUAAUAAUAUAUAUAUAUUUGCGUGUAAAUAAAUAAGAUUAAGGCACGAGAUAAA